CUCAACCACUCGUGCACCCAUGAAACGGUGAGACUUGGAUCCUGUUUUGACUUCCAUAAUUCUUUGCAAAUGAGUUAUCCUUCGUUUACACAGGAAACAGUAGAAACAUAUUUGCCGAUGUUUAUGCUCCUCAUUAUCUCCCGAGUCAAAAGUUCUCUUCUGUGGAAUUAUGAGAAAUGUACAAAAAUAUAUCCCCCAGACUUAGAAAUGAAUUAAAGCUCGAAAAGUGGAACGCGGCAAAGAGAACAUGAAUUGAUAUGCCAGUCAUGACGAGAGACAUGACUAAGAACAGACUCGGACAUCCUUCGCCAUAUGUUUCUGCUUGCUUUACAAAACGCCGACUACUUGAACGUAAGUACAUGCAAUCCCCAUGGCGAUAUGUGCCCAACAAGUUCACGAAAUGCCACACACAUUGGGAAAAUCGGAGAAAACAUGGAGAGAAAAAAGGAGUCACCUGCCUUGGAGGGGCUCAUCACAACAUCACGCUGCGUUCGAGUCGGUUUAAAAUAUCAUGUGAGGCGCGUGAUCGUGAUGGCAUGAUGGCUUCAGGGAAGGACCGUCGCGGCUACGAACACGAGUCCUCAAGUGACACCGACAACCCGGACUCCGACGACCGCCGUCCAAGACCCUACCGGAACCGCUUCGGGUACAGCUCGUCGCCCAAGCCCAAGUCAUGUCUAGUGCAGCGCGGGGAGAACGGCGGGGCGGUGACGCUGGGCCACCUCGCGCACGGCGGCCCCUCCAUGCACCAGCGCAACCACCACCACGAGUCCGCCAUACCCAAGAUGACGCACCAGCACCGACCUGGCAGAGUGAGGAGCAGCCGGGGCGUGGUGAAGCGAGGGUCCCUCGGCCACUCCUCGUCCCAUGAGGACUCCUCCCCGCACGCCUCCCCGCAUCCUUCGCCGCUCAUCUGCGGGAACUCGAGACCUGUUGCUCAGCCGCCUGCCACACACCAGUGCCAACAUAUGAAGGAGUUUGGUCCUCCGCCGUCCAGCGAUGACCGCAUCACCCUGGUGGUGGAGGGCACGCGGUUCAUCGUCGACCCUGCCAUCUUCACGGCCCACCCCAAUACCAUGCUAGGGAGGAUGUUUUCAUCUGGUCUCGAAUUCACUCAUCCCAAUGAGAGGGGUGAAUAUGAAGUAGCCGAAGGGUUUUCUUCUGCAGUGUUCCGUGCAGUGUUAGACUAUUACAAGACAGGUGUUGUCCGUUGUCCGCCAUCCGUGAGUGUGCAAGAGCUUCGGGAAGCAUGUGACUACCUUCUCAUUCCCUUUGAUGCAAACACCAUCAAAUGCCAGAAUUUGCGUGGACUGCUACACGAGUUGAGUAAUGAAGGUGCACGACAACAGUUCGAAGUGUUCCUAGAGGAGCACAUCCUGCCGCUGAUGGUCCUUGCUGCCCAGCGUGGUGACCGCGAGUGCCACAUCGUGAUCCUGCUCGACGACGACACAGUGGAAUGGGAUGAUGACUACCCUCCGCAAAUGGGAGAAGAAUAUAGUCAGACGGUUUGCUCGACAGCUAUGUAUCGAUUUUUCAAAUACAUUGAGAAUAGAGAUGUUGCCAAGCAAGUCCUGAAGGAGAGAGGACUGAAGAAAAUUCGGCUGGGUAUUGAAGGUUACCCAACGUAUAAGGAAAAGAUUAAGAAAAGACCAGGUGGCAGGGCUGAAGUUAUCUACAACUAUGUGCAACGACCAUUUAUCCGAAUGUCAUGGGAGAAGGAAGAGGCCAAGAGUAGACAUGUGGACUUUCAGUGUGUGAAAAGCAAAUCUGUAACAGACCUAGCAGAAGCCACGGCUGACCCAGCCCUGGACCGCGUGGUGACCCUCGACCCGCCCCCUGUGGCCAUGGGACAGGAGGCCCCCCCUGAACAGUUACCACCCCUCGAGGGAGCUGUAGGUGGAGGGGAAGGGCAUCAGGAUGAAGGGGCCAUAGGUGGAGCUGUGGGAGGGGCUGUGGUAGGAGGCCAUGCACCACCUCAACCAGCCAACGAACCAUAUCCUGAGCAGCUGACUCUGCAUGCACCCUGACGUGUUGUUCGGUAUGGCACUGGGAGCUCUCAAUGUCAUUAGGUGAGCGGAGGCCAUGAGGAGGUAGCCUGAAGGGGAGCAAACAUAGCAAAGAGAUCCGUCAUCUCGGCUGCUCCUUCGCCAGUGCCGCCUUUGUUGUGGAGGCCCUUUCUCCCUCGCAUUCCUGCUGCCUCAAGCUCCUUUGCUGCCAGUGCACCUCUUCUUCACCGUGAUGCCUCGCCACAGAACCCCCAGAGUGACGCCAGCACCAGCUUCUGGUCAUGCCUGUUUUGUGGAUGUUUGAUUGACAAACUACCGGCUUACAAGGAUAUGCUGUUUAGGAAAUCCUAUGAGAGAUUUUAAGAAGUGAGCUUUCAGAGUUAAGCAUGGGAUAUGUAAAUUUGUGGGUGUUAUGUAUAUAUAUACAGGGACUUAGUUUUGAAUCUUGUUCUAGUAAGGCUAAGCUUUGAUACUCAUUUCAUAUGGAAAUAAGAAGUUGUGGAAUGCAUAGGUCCUUUGAAACUUUCCACUGUUGUAUGUUAAUGUAUUGAAAGUGAGGUAUUAAUGCAUUUCUGAAACAUUGUGCAGCUACAGUUGAAUAGCUUCAUUUUUUGUAUUAUGUUUGCCCAUGUACCAUUACAAGUGUUGUCCUACAUAUGAACAAUAAUGCUUAGUUUCCUCUUGUAAUAGUCAUGUUCAACACCAUGACCUGCCAUUGCCUUAUGAAAUAUUAUGUAUCAAAUAUUAUCCAUAAUGGUUGGGUGCUUUUGGUAAAAAUCAUGCAUGCAAGAUGAUCUUUUAUUCUUCACGCAAGUAUAGUUCAUACUAGACCAUGUUAUACAGAUGAAAGAGAUAAGAUCCUUCUUCUAAUGCCAUUGUAUUUCUGCCAUGUAUGAUUUUUUUUCUAUUUUACUCUUUCUAUCUCUCCCUUUCUAAUAUAAAUGUACAUAUAUAUUGAAAGGCAAAGUGAUGCUCAUAAUAUCUCUGUUCUUUUUCUAUUCUUUAAUCUUCUUGGCAUUUAGUGAAUAGGGUAUCUUCUAUUUUCCAAAUAUACACACAAUAACUGAUUUCACAAACUACAUUAUUUUUUUAGGUGUUAUUCAUGUGAAAGUAGCAUCAGCCAUUCUGUAAGCAUUUGCUUUUGAUGCUAAAUGAUAAACCAUUAUUUACCCUUUCUCAUAAUGUCGUGUGAUUACAGUAUUACAAAAGGCUCAAAAAUAAGCUCAGCUAAUCAUAGGUUACUAUUGUUUACAAGGUUCUUUCACCAGAAUAUAAUUUUGGUUGAGUCACUUAUCAAGGUGAAAAUUUUUAUGCAAAAUUUUUCCUUUGGGAUGUGUCUCAUCAGGUGUUAAUGGUUCCUACCAUAUCCUUUUUUAUUAUCCUUGGGUGUUUUCCUUCAGUUGGUUAUAUUUUUAAUCAUGUUAAUCCUCCUUUACAACCUCUUACUCCUCCUCCCACUUUUACUCCUCCUCCUCCUCCUCUCACUCCUCCUCCUCCUCCUCCUCCUCCUCCUCCUCCUCCUCCUCCUCCUCUCCAUUCUCCAUUCCUUACUCCCUCUCCCUCCCUCUCCUCAUGUUUCUCUGCUCUCUUUCCACCUCCUCCUCCUCCUCUUUUUUUUGUUAAUAAGAAUUAUGAAUAAUAAUUGGUUUUGUACCUGAGAAGGAAAACCAUAUAUGUUCUAGAGCAAAUGGUACUUCAAGUCUGCACAUAAGGGUAAAAAGUGUUAAAUCCAGUUUUAAAUUCACAACUAAUCAGGAUUUUGCUUUCAGUUGGUAGCUGUACCUAAUUUGAUUUUAUUUACAUGAUUUGUAAUAUGCACAUAUAUUAUAUGAUUCUGUCUUUUUUUUUUUUUUUUUUUUUUUUUUUUUUUUUUUUUUUUUUUUUUUUUUUUCUUUCUUUCUUUCUAUUUCUUGUUUGUUAUUUCUGGUGUAUAUCUUUCAUUAGUCUAAUUUUGCUGUGCUGUUGAAUUUACAUUAGAUUUAUAACAAAUGUAAUAUAUUUUUUCUCUAUAUCUUCUUCUUUUCUCUUCUUUUGUAGCCUUCAGGUGAAAAAAUAUGAUGGUUGAGAUAUCUGAAAAGUGUAUUCGUAUGAUAUAGGAAAGUUUCAGAGUUGUGAUAUGAACAAUUAACUUUAUGUUUUUAAUUUGUAGACAGGUUUUGGGUGUGUUCCUACGUGCUUUUGUGUGUGUGUGUGAAUAUGAGAUUAUGCAUGGAUGAGCUUGUGCAUGUAUGUGAGAUAUCUUUGCUUGAACCUAUAUUUCCCCAUUAUCUCUUUCUUAAUCUUUCUUCUUUUUUCACUCUCCUCUAUGGGAUAGUGUCAGAAAUGUUGUAUGCUGCUUAUAUACUUACUGCUGAUAAUCUUAAAUGUCACGGAUGAUAAAAUUGUUGACUGAAAUAUCCUGUGCCUCAUUAUUUGUUGUGGGAUUUACGUGGAUGGUCACCUUUACAUUGACUUUUGUAUGACUAUAAUAGUAAAUAUGUAAUUGACUGUUUUUGUGCAGUUCUGCUAUUUUAACCUUUUAUGUAAGAUACGAAAAAUAAAAGGAAAGAGAGAGAGAAUAUAAGGCAUUAUAGCAUCUGAAAUGUGUAUACUGUAUGCUGAUGGCUGUCUUUCAUGGUGAUUGAAACUCUGAUGCCUGUUGGUGUAUUUUGUUAAAAGAACAGUGAUGGCAAUGUGUUUUUUUUUUUCUUUUCUUUUCUCUUAAUUUUUCAUACUGUCCUUCCCUUUUAUAUUUCUUGGGAUAGAUGUUGUGGAACAGGAUAUGCUAUUGUCAGGUUUUUUAUACUUCAUAAAGAGGAAAUACCAAUAAUUGCUUCUCUUAAAUAUAGAUAUCCAAAAUUAAACAUAUAUUCUUGAAAAAAUAAGCAAUUAGGAAGAUAGUAAUACAUAUAACAUGUAGUUAAGAUAUAUAUCUAAAAAAAAGUUUUUUUGUGAAUACGGAAAUAUAGAACUUAUAGCAUUUGGAGACUUUUGUUAAAAUAGAUUGAAAAAGAAAAGUUAUUAUUUUGAUUCAAAAUUUUAAAUGUACAUCUGAUAGUGAAAGUUCUUGCUAUUAGCUUUUUGCAGAGAGCUUGCCAGUCCUUCAGUGGUUAUGAUAAUACUCAAGUUUGAUGUGGUAGGAUAACUUAUUUCAUUUUUCUUGCUCUUUCGUUGGAUAACUUAUCCUUUUCUUGUAUGGUUGAGAGUUAUGACUCUCCUCUCUUUUUUCUGUAUUCUUUUCUUUUUUAUGUUGUCAAAGGAAGAAGAAGAAAUAACUGUUCUUGUUAGUGUUUGCCACAGUAACUAACAAAUUGCCUGUGCCAUCAUGAACUCUUUCAUUAUUGCCUUUAGGUGAUGGAGAUUUCUGGGCUAAAAGAGAGAGAUGUGUAUAUAUGUAUACAUUACAGAAGACCAGUUGUGAGUGUCUAAAAGAAAGACACAUAAUGAGAUGAUUUCUGCAGGCAGCACUCUCAGUCUCUCUGUUUGAAAGCCAGUUGUCUCCAUCAAGACUUUUUUCAUUACAGUUAUUGAGCUGUAGGUUGUUAUAAGGAGAGAAUUAGAGUUUUUCCUAUAAAUUUUUCUAACUUAUGUGAUACUGGAUUCAUAAAAUGAGUUCUUGAAUAACUUACUAUAAUUAUAGCAAUAA